GGCGCGGCGCGGCCGGGCUGCUGGGCGGCCGGCUGGGGCGCGAGGCUGAGGCGGUCCCGGGACCGACGCUGCUGGAGCGCGAGCGGAGCAGAGGCCUCAGCCGGGGCAGAGGGAACUGCGGGAGCAGGGCGGGCUGGGCUCCAUGGCGCCAGCGGCGUCGGCUUGAGCAGCGCGGGCAGUGGCGGGUGGCGGCCGCAUUCGGCCGCGCCUCUUCUUCGCCAUGGGGGACGUGCUGUCCACGCACCUGGACGACGCCCGGCGCCAGCACAUCACAGAGAGAACUGGAAAGAUCCUGACGGAGUUCCUUCGUUUUUAUGAGGACCAGUAUGGCGUCGCCCUCUUCAACAGCAUGCGGCAUGAGAUUGAGGGUACUGGGACACCACAGGCCCAGCUGCUCUGGCGAAAGGUGCCCCUGGACGAGCGCAUCAUCUUCUCGGGAAACCUCUUUCAGUACCAGGAGGAUAACAAGAAGUGGCGGAACCGCUUCAGCCUCGUGCCCCACAACUACGGGCUGGUGCUCUACGAGAACAAAGUGGCCUAUGAGCGGCACGUCCCACCCCGAGCUAUCAUCAACAGUGCAGGCUACAAAAUCCUCACCUCCGUGGACCAGUACCUGGAGCUCGUUGGCAACUCUUUACCAGGGACCACAUCGAAGUCGGGCGCCGCCCCCAUCCUCAAGUGCCCCACGCAGUUCCCACUCAUCCUCUGGCAUCCUUCCGCGCGCCAUUACUACUUCUGCAUGAUGACAGAAGCCGAGCAGGAUAAGUGGCAAGCUGUCUUGCAGGACUGCAUCCGGCACUGCAACAAUGGGAUCCCUGAGAACUCCAAGGUGGAGGGCCCCGCAUUCACAGACGCUAUCCGCAUGUACCGCCAGUCGAAGGAGCUGUACGGCACCUGGGAGAUGCUGUGUGGCAAUGAGGUGCAGAUCCUGAGCAACCUUGUGAUGGAGGAGCUGGGCCCUGAGCUGAAGGCGGAGCUCAGCCCGCGGCUGAAGGGGAAACCGCAGGAGCGACAGCGGCAGUGGAUCCAGAUCUCGGACGCUGUGUACCGCAUGGUAUAUGAGCAGGCCAAAGCGCGCUUCGAGGCGGUGCUAUCCAAGCUGCAGCUGGCCCGGCCGGCCAUGGAGGCGGUUAUCCGCACCGACAUGGACCAGAUCAUCACCUCCAAGGAGCACCUGGCCAGCAAGAUCCGAGGCUUCAUCCUCCCCAAGGCAGAGGUGUGUGUCCGGAACCACGUCCAGCCCUACAUCCCGUCCAUCCUGGAGGCCCUCAUGGUGCCCACCAGCCAGGGCUUCACUGAGGUGCGGGACGUCUUCUUCAAGGAGGUCACCGACAUGAACCUGAAUGUCAUCAACGAGGGCGGCAUCGACAAGCUGGGCGAGUACAUGGAGAAGCUGUCCCAGCUGGCCUACCACCCACUCAAGAUGCAGAGCUGCUAUGAGAAGAUGGAGCCGCUGAGGCUCGAUGGGCUGCAGCAGCGUUUCGAUGUGUCCAGCACGUCCGUGUUCAAGCAGCGAGCCCAGAUCCACAUGCGUGAGCAAAUGGACAAUGCCGUGUACACCUUCGAGACACUCCUGCACCAGGAGCUGGGGAAGGGGCCCACCAAGGAGGAGCUGUGCAAGUCCAUCCAGCGGAUCCUGGAGCGGGUGCUGAAGAAAUAUGACUAUGACAGCAGCUCUGUGCGGAAGCGCUUCUUCCGGGAGGCGCUGCUGCAGAUCACCAUCCCGUUCCUGCUCAAAAAGCUGGCCCCCACCUGCAAGUCGGAGCUGCCCCGGUUCCAGGAGCUGAUCUUCGAGGACUUUGCCAGGUUCAUCCUGGUGGAGAACACAUACGAGGAGGUGGUGUUGCAGACCGUCAUGAAGGACAUCCUGCAGGCCGUGAAGGAGGCUGCCGUGCAGAGGAAACACAACCUGUACCGGGACAGCGUGGUCUUGCAUAAUAGUGACCCCAACCUGCACCUGCUGGCUGAGGGCACGCCCAUCGACUGGGGUGAGGAGUAUGGUGGCAGUGGUCGUGGUGGUGGCAGCAGUGGGGAUAGUGGCAGCCCCGGCUCCCAUGUCCCAGAAGUAGCCACCAUCUCGGAAAAGCGACGGCGUACCAAGCAGGUGGUGUCUGUGGUCCAGGACGAGGAGGCAGGGCUGCCCUAUGAGGCUGGCUCUGAGCCACUGUCACCUGCGUCCCUGGACAGUGUCACUGAGCUCCGUGGCCUGCUGGCCCAGAAUCUGCGUGCUGAGAGCCCCCCUCUGGCCAGCCCCCUGCUCAAUGGGGCCCCUGUGCAGGAGAGCACCCAGCCCGCGGCCACCCCCAAGGCCAACUCACCGCCCGCCUCGCCCCUCCGGCAACUCCCGCCUGGAAAGGCUGCGGACCUUGAGCCCCCCAAGCCCAGCGACCAGGAGACCGGGGAGCAGGUGUCCAGUCCCGGUGGCCGUCCCACCAUCCACACCACCACCGAGGACAGCGCAGGGGUGCAGACUGAGUUCUAGGCUGGUCGCCCCUGAGCUUCUGUUGGACAAGGCACAUGGGCUCCUCCCUCCGAGGCCCUGGCAGGCGUGGCUCCAGGCAAGAGGACCGAUCUGUGCCUCUGGGUGGCGGUGGGGCUGGGCGGGGAUGGGCCCACCCGAGUCACUUUACUGGGUUUGGUCAUACUUUGUUGCUCCCUGUUUUCUCUUCUGUGGGGUUUCCUCUUCGUGCUGGGGGCUGAGCACAGCUGAGGGGGCUGGGGAGCGUCCCGUGGCCCCAGUUCCCUGGGUCCACUCUUCCUGCCCUUCCUCUGUGGCCUGUUUCCCUCGUGGGUCUUGCCAUCCUUGCAAAGAGGGAGGUAUAGGCACUGUCUGCUGUGACUCAGAGCCCAUGAAUUCUCUCCCGUCACCCGGCGCUCAUUGGAACCGGGAACCAGGAGCGCUGAGGUCCAGCUCUGCACCCCUCCCCCCUCCCUGAUCUUCCCGACUGGGCCCAGAGGCCAGUUUGGGAGUGGACCUUGGUCUCAUUUUCCCCGCCCUGGGUGAGGGGGGAUACAAGGAGGGGGUCUGCAGGCUAGAGCCAGGCUGGGGGAUGCGAGGGGAGGGGUGCCAUGAAGGGGGUUGGGGCUGUGGGCCUGGGGAUGAAAUGAGAAAGGCGCAGUAAGUGCUGGUCUGGGCAGAGGAGGUGUCAGAGGGCAGGAAGAGGGGCAGAAGGCGCAGCCCUGCUGAGGUGCUGCUGGGAGUGUGCGGACGGAGGCAAGAGGGUAGAGGGAGCGUUGCUGGAAGCCAGGCAGCCUUCAGGCCUGCUUCGCCCCCACUUCCAGCCCCGGCUGUCUCCUACCACUUGCUUGCUGGGAUCCAGUCUUCGGGAGUCCGUCCAUUCCCUGCCCUUCUGUACCCACACAUGCUGGGGCUGAGGGGAGGGUGGCACGUUGCUCACGUUGCUCAGAGGCAGGCUUUAGUGGGUGUGGAUUCUGUUGUCUUCUGCGGGCCACCUCCAAGGUACGCACUGUCCAUGGAGGGAGCUGGGGGGCUCCUGAGGGGCCAUGGCUCCCCAAGGCACUGCUGGUGGCCUGAGGAUUUGGGGUCAGGAUGGCUUGGCCCCUGCUACCUGAGUCACUAAGUCACCUCACCCUUUACGAAUAUGAAUCUCUUCGAAUAUGAAGGCCGGCUGUCCUCCCUCAGCUUCUUGUUCUGGGGGGUGAGGGUAAAGCUGAGGCAGCCCCAGUCUGGCAGCCCCACACCCCUUCCCUGCUCUGAGGAGAGGGUGGGCAGGGCAGAAACUGACUCGUCAGGGUCCUCAGGGUGGGGCCCCCACCCACCCCUGCAUCCUCUGUCCCCUGGAUCUGCUUCCUGGGCCCUGGCCUUGGACCCCCAGGAUGUGUGGUGGUGGCUGGUGCUCAGGGCCCCCCCGUUUUCCCCAGCCCCAAUCUCAAACAUCUCACUACAUUCCGUCUUAAGAUGCUCUCAUUUAGUGCCUUUUUGGGGGAUUUUCCAAUCGUUCUUCCCAGAUUGUAUUGAAAAUAUUAUGCAAACUGUUUAAGCUUUUACUAAUCAAUAAAUGCUUUAUUUAAAGCCA